AUGGCACGCUUUGAAGCGCUGGACCUCUGGAGCAACAUCUCUCACGUCUUGGUGGCGCAAGGCAGCUCCACUGCCCUGCGCGGCUUCUCCGCAGCCCUGGCGCCCUUCGCCACCGCGCCCGCCGCAGCCAUGGCGGCGCUGGCGCGGGAUGCGGGCGACGUGCUGCAGAGGGACUUGGACUUGCAGCGCUUCUUUCAGCUGCUGGGCGUGGGAUCGGCUGCGGCCAUCGCAACAGCGGAACGACAGCUGCUGGGCAGAGCCAUGUUUGGUGAAGUGACCCCCUGUUGGUUGAAGAGUUGGGGUUUUAACAUAUGGUAUAACAGAACAAUCAAAUAUGGAGACUCAGGAACCCGAAAAUCGAAUGUGAUCCAGAAACAAUAG